AUGGAGUUUUUCCCUGACGGCCAUCACUUGGAUAACAAUCGUGAAUCGUCGCAUUUAUUGCCACCUGGCUUCAGAUUCCAUCCUACGGAUGAAGAACUCAUCACUUGUUACCUCCUACACAAAGUUCUUGAUGCUAACUUCUCUUGCCGUGCCAUUGCUCAAGUUGACCUCAACAAAUGCGAGCCUUGGGAGCUUCCUCAAAGGGCCAAAAUGGGGGAGAAAGAGUGGUACUUUUUUAGUCUUCGUGACAGGAAAUACCCAACUGGUUUAAGAACCAACCGAGCCACGGAUGCUGGUUAUUGGAAAGCCACUGGCAAAGAUAGGGAGAUAUUUAGCUCAAAAACUUCAUCAUUGGUUGGUAUGAAGAAAACACUUGUGUUUUAUAGAGGCCGAGCUCCUAAAGGGGAAAAAAGCAAUUGGGUUAUGCAUGAGUUUCGCCUUGAAGGCAAAUUUGCUUACCAUUUUCUCUCCAAAACCUCCAAGGAUGAAUGGGUGAUCUCCCGGGUGUUUCAAAAAAGUCUCCCCGGUACCGGAACCAGCACCGCCGGCGGAGGUACAAAACGUGUAGCCACCUGCGGAAUGAACUCAGCAUACCAAGAAGUGAACUCAUCAACAUCAGUUUCACUCCCACCACUUCUUGACUCACCGUACGCCACCGCCACGUCGGCGUACACCUCCGCCGGCGACCAAGAUACAUUCUCCUACGACAGCAACGCCGCUUCAAAAGAGCACGUACCCUGUUUCUCCAAUGCCUCACCAGCAGCCGCAAUUACCACCGACUUUGACUCUCAUCAGUCCAUCUUUGACCUUCCUCCGCCGCCAUUAUCUGCUUCCACAUUCUCCGGCGCCAUCGUUGAGAAUAUGGGCGUGUCAGCUUUCCCUAGCUUGAGGACCCUUCAAGAGAAUCUUCAGCUUCCGUUCUUCUACUCUUCUUUAGCGCCGCCGCAGCCGCCGGUUCAUGGCGAAGGUGGGAUAUGUAGUACUUAUGGGCAUUCCUCGGGUGGGGAAUGGAUUCCGGCUGUUUCAUCGGCGCCGGAGAAUCAGAAGCCAGGUCCCACAGAGCUGGACUGUAUCUGGAGCUUCUGA